AUGUUCGCGCGCACCGCGCUCCGCGCGCCGUCGACCGCGCGCCCGCUCGCGCGCGCGCGUCGCGGCGCCGCGAGGAGCGACGCCGGCGGCGCGUCGCGCGUCGUCGCCCCGCGUCUCGCGAAGACGCCGCUUCCGCGAACUCUCUCUCUGUCGGCGCGAUGCGUCCGCGCGCGCCGCGUCGUCCGCGCCGGUUCCGCCGCGAGCGACGACGUUAGCGCGGAUGACGACAAGUACGAGCUCGCGGCGUCGCUCCUGCGCGCGCGGAGGGCGCAGGACGACGCGAUGGAACUCGUGCUGCGAGAGAUGGGCGCGAUGUCGCGAGAGGUGCGAGCGCUCCGACGCGAGAUCGACGCGCUGAAGGCUGGCGCGCCGACGCCGAUGCCGACGCCGACCGCGCCCGCGCCCGCGACCGCGCCCGCGCCCGCGACCGCGCCCGCGGCGGCGGACGACGAGGCGGACGUCCGGAGGAUGCUCGACGCGCUCCUCCCCUCGGACGGCAAACCCGCCGCCGCCGCCGCCGCGUCGUCGCCGCCGCCGGAUGAUGCCGCCGCGUCCCCCGCCGUCGUCGUCGUCGACGACCAGGAGAUCCCCGUCGUCCUCGACCCGACGUCGUGGAGAGGCGACGGCGUGGACCGAAGCCGCGAGUGGCCGACGUGCAAGAUGGGCGAGGACGACAUCUUCCUCAUGGCGACGAUUCAGGCGCGACUGAUUUCCUAA